UUUCUUCACUGCCUGCUGCACCUGCAUGCCGGGUAUGUAAUGUUUCGUGUCUGGGGAAGGGUCCCGACAGAAACAUCACCUACCCACGUUCUCCAUCGAUAGUGCCUGGCCCGCUGGGUUACUCCAGCACUUUGUGUCUUUGUUUGAUAAGCCGGCACCUGCAGUUCCUUGUCUGUGUGUUUAACACCCGUGUUAUUUUGUCACUUUCUCAUCGUUACCGCAGCAACCGCACAACAUUGUUCAACGGCGGCUAAUGGAGAGCAACAUGACAAAGCUACAUGGAUGUCCAGGAGACCCUGGGACCAUCACUCCUUCGCCACUGGCUGAACAGAGGCAACCCAGCCCGAAGCAAGACGCUGGAACGUUGCUCACUGUCCUCUGCAAGUGCCGUGACCAAACGAUCAAAGUCACCAUCAACACCGGCUGUCAACAGAACACGAUCUCCGCCAGCUGCCUAAACAGGAUAUGUUUAGAGGAAUCGCCCGCAGCUGAGGGUGAAGUCGCCAUAUCCACCCAGAGCCCCAAAACAACGCAGCACGUGGAGAAGUUGGAGAUCACACUGGGCAAUGAGAACAUAGAGUGCACAGCUCUGGUCGUAGAUAACGAGAUGUGCGAGUUAUCCAUUGGUCUACAGACACUACUGUCUCUCAAAUGUGUGAUAGACCUGGAGAGGCAGGUACUGUCAUUGGGCAACUCGGAAACACAGCUACAGUUCGUCACCGACCCAGAGGAAGAGGCGCAGGUCAAUGAAGAACAGGAAGAUGGAUGAGGACAGGCUCGAGCGUUUGGUUCGGAUAACAAAAUUAACGCCAUGAAGUUAAGGCUCUCUCCCUCUCUCUCUCUCUAUCUUCCUCUCUCGCUGAGUCUUUGUGCCUGUGCCUGCUGUGUCAUCCGCCUAACAUUGCUGCAGAGAUUCGACAGGGAUCAGAGGAAGACAGCGACUAUAUUCUCCCAAAUCACUGCUGCUGCAUUCUAACCUUGCAUCAACGUUGGAACAAAAGACCUGUUCAUCCCCAUCAGUUCCCCCCUGGGGGCCCCGCGCUCUGCUGCCAGAACACAUUCGCUUUUUAUAGAAUAAUUCCUGCGUUGAAUAACUGAAAUUAACUUCCAGCAGUGGGGGUGCAAGAAAGAUAACUUCCUCUAGAGGCUGUUUUUGGCAUCAAGACCUACUCUACAUGGAUAUCUUUGACGUGAUGGUGUUUCAACGUGGAGUUCCUGGUGGAGGCCGGGGAAACGGAGAGUGGAAAAUGUUAUGGGGGCCUCCUACUGCUCUGUAGCCAUUUGAUGCCAUUGUUAACUGAUCAGCCUAUACUGGAGGUGUGUGAUUAGGUAUUACGCUACAUCAUGUAUUAACAAGGGCCUGGCAGUAUUCGAGGGGGCAUCGCAAAAGAUUCCUCCAAUAAUCCUCUGAAUCUGAGCACACUGAAUUUUUACCUAUGCUGAUUUCGGUACACUGCCUUGUGUUUAAGAAGGAACUGCAGAUGCUGGAAAA